AUGACUGACAACCGUGUCCCGAUCAACUACCAGACACCGGCGUUCCCAUCGCUCUAUGAUCCCUUUCCGCGACCAAAUGCUGCCGUCUACUACCUAUACUAUACCCGGGACAUUUGGCGGUUCACGCUCUAUUGGACCCUGAUAUUCUACCUGGCAAGCCAUUUGUCAGUGGCCGCUUGGGCCCUGGCGAUGCAAGGCCGAAGCUGGCGGAUUUGUAUUGCUAUACCACUAGUGUACGGUAUUAUAGCAGGAUUAGAGGCGCUUUUAGCUGGGAGUAUUAUUGGUUUAGUUCUGGGUUCCGUUUACGAAGCCGGUAAUUUUAGGAUGUCGACGUGGAUUCCCAUGAUAUGGGGUGGCAUCAACAUGCUGGUCCUAAUCUUAUCGAGCUUUCCUAUGCAAGGUGGACUGUAA